AUGCCGAGGAGCUGCGUAUCAGAGGUGGCGGUGGAGCUGCGUCUCAGGGGAGGCGGAGGAGCUGCGUCUCAGGGGAGGCGGAGGAGCUGCGUCUCAGGGGAGGCGGAGGAGCUGCGUCUCAGGGGAGGCGGAGGAGCUGCGUCUCAGGGGAGGCGGAGGAACUGCGUCUUAGGGGAGGCGGAGGAGCUGCGUCUCAGGGGAGGCGGAGGAGCUGCGUCUCAGGGGAGGCGGAGGAGCUGCAUCUCAGGGGAGGCGGAGGAGCUGCGUCUCAGGGGAGGCGGAGGAGCUGCGUCUCAUGGGAGGCGGAGGAGCUGCGUCUCAGGGGAGGCGGAGGAGCUGCGUCUCAGGGGAGGCGGAGGAGCUGCGUCUCAGGGGAGGCGGAGGAGCUGCGUCUCAGGGGAGGCGGAGGAGCUGCGUCUCAUGGGAGGCGGAGGAGCUGCGUCUCAUGGGAGGCGGAGGAGCUGCGUCUCAUGGGAGGCGGAGGAGCUGCGUCUCAUGGGAGGCGGAGGAGCUGCGUCUCAUGGGAGGCGUAGGAGCUGCGUCUCAGGGGAGGCGGAGGAGCCGCGUCUCAUGGGAGGCGGAGGAGCUGCGUCUCAGGGGAGGCGGAGGAGCUGCGUCUCAGGGGAGGCGGAGGAGCUGCGUCUCAUGGGAGGCGGAGGAGCUGCGUCUCAUGGGAGGCGGAGGAGCUGCGUCUCAUGGGAGGCGGAGGAGCCGCGUCUCAGGGGAGGCGGAGGAGCUGCGUCUCAUGGGAGGCGGAGGAGCUGCGUCUCAUGA